CCCGCGCCCGGCGCGCCGCCCGCUCGCGUCCCCCGCCCGCCCCGCGCCGCCCGCCCGCCCCGCGCCGGCUCCCGGGCCCGCGGCCCGCACGAUGGCGCACGCGGCGGCCACCGUGCCGCUGGGCGCGCUGGAGCAGGGCUGCCCCAUCCGCGUGGAGCACGACCGCCGGCGCCGCCAGUUCACCGUGCGGCUCAACGGAUGUCAUGAUCGGGCUGUCCUGCUGUACGAGUAUGUGGGCAAGCGGAUUGUAGACCUGCAGCACACUGAGGUCCCUGAUGCCUACCGUGGGCGUGGCAUCGCCAAGCACCUGGCCAAGGCUGCCCUGGACUUUGUGGUGGAGGAGGACCUGAAGGCCCACCUCACCUGCUGGUACAUCCAGAAGUACGUCAAGGAGAACCCACUGCCGCAGUACCUGGAGCGCCUGCAGCCAUGACCCUGGCGGGCAGGCGGCCUUCCACUCGAUCCCACCCAGCUGUGUGCUCUCAGGACCCUGCUCCCCCUGGGACCAGGCUCAGAGUUAUUUUUGUAAGGACGUUCAGCUGCAGACCUAUAUCCAGGUUCCUGGGGCUGCUGGCAAAGGAUUCCGAGCGAUCCAGGGACCCAGGCAAAUGGCAGGCCAGCAGCUGUGGUCCCUGCAGAGACCCUUGAGCUUCUCAGAGGCCUUUUACCCUGGCCAGCGGGGGUCCCUACUCCAUGAUCAGCAGAGGCCAAUAUGGAGCCCUGGGUACCACUUUCUGGGCUGUGUCUUUCCUACAAGUGAGGAGGAUGCUCUCCUGGGAGCCAAGAGGAGCAACAAGAAAACCUCGUGUGCCAACUCCCAAGGGUGGUAAGCACCGAGCUUCACCUGCGCCAGUGCUGCCUCUUCUUCUCAGACCUCAGUGCACUGGCACAGUGGUGUAGCCAUGGCAGAGGGUGACCCUCCCUCACAUGGGAGAUGAGAGUCGCCGACGGAGCUCUGGCUCAACACACACAUGAACACAUGUGCAGGAAGUGGAGACAGCAGGGGGCAGAGAAUGUCUUGCCUUCCUUGGUACUAUCAUCUGUGACCAUCUCCUGUGUCUCUGUCCCAGCACCCUCUGGGCCCAACAGGCAUCCCAGCAUCCCUGCCUUCUCUGGAUUUUUUGCCAUCCCUAUCUGGGUUUUCUCAGAGGGAUUACCUUGGAACUGGGAGAGGGAGGAAGGCACAUCAUCAUGCAUCACCCAAAAAGAAGAAGCCUGCCGCCAGAGGGGGUCUUCUUUCUGCCACCAGAGGUCAGCACCUUGUGGCUAGCACAUUCUGCUCCCUUUCCUUGACUCUCAGAGCCCCUCCCCAUACUUACUGCCCCGGUGACAACCUGGGCAAUGCACCAAACUCAUCUUGGUGCUGUGGGACCUGCCUCAAAGCAUCUUUGUAGAGCUGGCAGGGGACCCCAGGAGCCAAGGUUCCUUACAGGUUGCAGUACCAGUUCCCUGGGGGUGAAUUACAUCUUUCAAGUUUGAGGGCAUCUGAGGCUGGGCCCUUGCUCCCAGAAGAAGCUGCUGGAACACCUAUGUCUCCCUCCCCUAGUACAGGGGUUCAAGGAAGUAGAUGCUGGGGUGCUGGUAGCCUGGUGAGUGGCAUAUCCCAAUACCUCUGACCUUUUUGCUAUUGCCUACCUGGGCUUUCUCAGGGGGUCACCUUGGGCUGGGGGUGUGAAGGAGGCCCAUUGUCACCCAAACCUCCAUGAUGACCCCUCUCUUUGGUGCUGGGUUAUCUUGGAGGUGACCUUUCUACUCACCUCCUAGUUCUCCAAUCUCAGUUCCAAGACCCUCACUCUCUUUCCCCAGCUGUAGCCACUCAGGGGCCCAUAUACCCACACAGACACCCUCCCAUGUCCAGAUCUGCACCAAGAGGCCUGUGGGUCCCUGAGCACAGAACCCCUGAGCCCCACCACUGUGAGUUACUGGCUUGGACCAGCAUGAUCGCCUUCCCAAGCACCCUACUGCAUCCCAGCCUGACCCCACCACUCCCCCCAAAACCUGAGAUUGCAUACUGGGCUGUGGCCACAGGUGACUCCUGUGGCGGCCCCACAUCCCUAACAGUACUUGAAUGAGGGACCUUGGGCCUGGGAAAAGCAGCAGGGGCUUCCUCAGUGGGUUUGUCCUAAGUUCCUACAGGGGUGACCUGGACAUCCUCACCACCUCAGCUGCCUUAAAGUCCCGCUGAUCCCAUUCUAGGGGCUUGACAGGGCUGUGCUGGCCUGAUCUGGUUAUGGCAGCAGCAGUAACUAUGUGUCCAGGUCACCCUGGAGUCCAGCCCCACCUUGGCCCGCACUGCGCAACUUGGCCCCUCUGGUGCUACCCCCAUCUGCCUCACCCCUUCUCUAUCCCAGGAUGCUCCAGGAGACCAUGGUCAGGUGCUGGUCACUUGGGGCCCUGGUCAAUGCAGGACAGAGGGGCACGGUCCUCCACCCCCCAGAAGAAGAGGGGUUCUGUUCUUUCCCCAGUCUCCAUAGGCGGUAACUCGCGUGCCUUUCCUACUCAGGACCCACUCCCACUGGUGUCUGGGCUCCCUGGUCAUUUCUCAGACAAAUACUGCAUGACAUACAUGCCGCUUGUCCUGUUCUAGCUAGUGAGAGGGUGAGGCAUGAGGAGAGACACAGAGCCCUGGGGGGGGUCCCUCAUUGCACUCUUCCAGUGUCAGCUUUUUUCCUCAUUAUCAGUGCCACCUGCCUGCUGGGGACAGCCACACUAGAGAAGAUGAGCCUCUGAGGCAUCGGCUGGGGCCUGGCUCAGCUUUCCCAGCACUGUGGUGCUGGUGAUGUCAGAAUUCCAACACUGAGUGACUGUCAUCUAUCCCGCCUCCAGGCCACACUACAACUCCAGAGUGACAGCUUUAUUGAAUUUCUUGGGAAGAGGCCCCAUUUUACACAGAAGCAAAAGUCUGAGAUAGUCCUUAGAUUUCUGGCCCAGAGCAGGGAGAUUGGGGCCCGACCUUGGUAAACACUUGGAGAACCAGGCAGGAAUCUGGCAUAAGCUGAAGGCCACAACACUUUCUACCUGCCAAAAGAGGAAGUGGUACAGUAGUUAGCUCCCUCUUCCUUACUCCUCUCAAUUAUCCCUGGUGGUCCCAGGGCCUGUUUGACAAAUGAGAAGACUGAGGGUCAGAGUGAUGGUGUCAGCCUGAAGCCCACACAGCCCAAGGGACCAGGAUCCAAAACCAGUCCCUGUCCUAUCUCGAUAGUUCUGGGCUGGCAUGUGGUGAGGGAUGGUCUCAGAAAGCAAUAGAUCAGACUUGCAGCAACUUUCCUGCUCCUUCAGAAGGUUGAGAUGGGGCUCUGUCUUGAGCUAGGUGUGUGUGGCUAGUCAGGAGUGCCUGUCUGGCAUGGAGGAGGCUGGGUCACACUCUAAAAUAGGCCAUACAUAGGAGAUUUGUGGACCACCUGGCCACAUGCACUAUGUUCAGCUCAGGACUUGGGUUGGUUCAAGUUCAUCCACACAUCCCUUUACUAUUCUCAGGGUCCCACUCCUUCCAGAUCAAUGCCUAACUUUCACAUUAAAGAUCCAGUAAGGUCGUGGAUUCGCUUGUACUGUAGCCACGGCCUGCAGGACUGAGUUUAGCAUCCUGUUUUCAGUUGUAUCCAUCCUAUGGCUACAAGAUAAUAAAGAUGCUUUUCUGGUUGUCAAA